UACGUCGGCUUCUUUUCAAUUUUUCGAGUAGUUAUGAAUUUGCAUUAAUUUUACGAUUUCAUCGUGUGUAAAAAGAUAUAUUUCAAUUUCAUGUGCAACUAAAUAAAUAAAAGAAGAAUUUAACGAACUUCAAUCAAUAUUUAAAAAAUGGCGCCUCAAAAAGGGAAGCAAGGAACGAAGGGUCAAAAGCAGAUUUUUGAAGAAAAUAGAGCAACACUUAAAUUUUAUGCUGCAAUGGCUGCGAUUGCAGAAUUCCUCUACGUAGGUAUAAUGCUCAUUUUCUUUUGGGAACACUUCACAGCAUUAACAGUGAUGGUCUUACUCUUUUCAAUAAUGGUUUAUGCUGGUGGUCUGCAAUUCAUGAACUAUAUGGCAAAAGCCUCCUUUUCUGAAACGGGGCAGCUACUCGAUGGUGGCAUCGAUCUUAACAUGGAAUCCGGAAUUUCAGAACAUCUGAAGGAUUUAAUAAUUCUUACUGCUGGUGUUCAAGUUCUCUCAUUAUUUUCCAAUUACAUUUUGGCAUUUUGGCUUCUGGCACCAGGUCGGGCAUUUUAUUUACUUUGGGUAAAUAUUUUAGCCCCCUGGAUAUUCGCUCCAGCACCUGAGGUCGAUGAAAAGAAACAGAAGAAACUGGAAAGAAAAGCCAGAAGACGUUAAACAUGUUUUAUUUUUUGAAAAUGUGUUCAUUAAUUUAUUCCUUUGAUUUUUGUUAUGAAUUUUACAAUCAAUUUUCUACUUCCCCUUUUAAUGUAUAAAAUUGUUAUUUAUAUUGAUCUAUUUAUUGAAAAUAAAUUCGUGAUGAUUGUUAAGACCUU